AUGUCUUCAAUGCCUCCUCCUCCGACAUCCUCGACGAUGUUACCCUCACCAACAACGACAUCAUACUACAGUCGGGAACAAGUAGCGGCUCACUCGUCGGAAAAUGAUUGUUGGAUGAUUUGUCAUGGACUUGUCUAUGAUGUAACGACCUAUUUGAAUGAACAUCCUGGAGGUGUCAAUCUCAUGAUGAAGAACGCAGGGAAAGAUUGUACAUCAGAUUUUGAAGCCAUGUUUCAUAGCCCAAAAGCUAGAAAUAUUUUGAAAAAGUAUUUAAUCGGAGAAUUGUUAACGGAAAAGAAUCAAUCGUUAGGAUCCUCCACAACGCAACGAAGGAGUCAUUUGACAAAUUUUGCAAAUACGAACCAAAUCAAGACUGGUUUUGCACCAAAUAUGCUGUCGCCAUUCUAUACAACAUCAUCCUCUAGUUCUUCAUCAAAACCUGUGGAGGUGAAUCCAUACAACAAACAACAACGAGUUCAAACAUUUAAAGAGCCUCAACUCGCUCAAAAUAAUACAAACAACUCUGCUCCAAAACCUGUCAUGUCAAAAUCAAUGUUUAUGGAUUACAAAGUAAUGCUUGUUCAAAACAUUACAAGCGACACAAAAGUAUUUACUCUGAAAUUGCCGUCACUCUCUGAGUUUCUUCCUCUCAAGCCUGGUCAACAUAUCCAGGUUGCUUUCCCAGAUAAGGACAGCGAAAACAAUUUACUUGUAAGAAAAUAUACUCCAACUAGUAUUGAAAAUAGAGGAUUUUUUGAGCUGACAAUCAAGCUCUAUAAUAAUGGAAAAAUGUCACAAAAAUUAAGCAAAAUUAAGAUUGGUGACACAAUAUCAGCUAGGGGACCUUUUGGGUUGGAAGAGCUCUCUGAACGAGUUUUGAGUAGUACAAAAAUUAUAAUGAUAUGCAUUGGUAGUGGAAUCACUCCCAUGUAUCAAAUUAUUAAAUAUGUGGCGAAAGAGAUUGAGGAAAAAACGCUAAUGAAAUUGAGGAAAAUGAUUCUUCUCUAUGGAAACAAAACAAUGCAAGAUAUCAUUCUAGAACAGAACUUGACAAGCAUUUCUAAAGAGGUGUCAAAAGGAGAUUUCUCUCUGGAGAUAUUUCACAAAGUUAGCCGAGAACCUCAAGAUUAUCUGAACACCUUUUCCACGGAGAAUGUACAUUAUGAGGCUGGAAGAAUGGAUAAACUUUUUCUAAGCAAACAUGCCAGCGAUACGCAAGUGGAUCACUCGUGCUUGUUCUUUAUAUGUGGUACAGAUGAAUUUGUGCAACAAACCAAACAAUUCCUUUCCAAUAAUGGCCACUCACAGCAAAAUAUUAUUGCCUUUUAA